AUGGCUACCCGUCUUCCUCACCUCUUCCUACUUUGUGUUAUGGAGAUGAGGAAGAAAUCACAUUGGCCGCUAGUGUCCUGUGUAAUAGAACAGGGUUAUGAGGGUGCCGACGUCAGCGCUGCUCAGGGAAGCAAAUCAGGGGCAGGAGCCAAUGGCCAGGUGUGGAGCCAGGAUGGCGAGGGAGCUGUUAGUGAGGCAUCUCGAGUGGUGGUAGCAUCACGUAACUAUGCAGACUUUGCAAGUGAAGCUACAUUUGAAAUUAAGAAAUGUGACCUCCAUCGCCUGGAAGAAGGCCCUAGUACCACAGCAGUGAUGACUCGAGAGGAGGGGCUCCAUUACUACAAGACAAUGCAGACCAUACGACGCAUGGAGCUGAAGUCUGACCAGCUGUACAAGCAGAAGAUUAUUCGUGGCUUCUGCCACUUGUAUGAUGGUCAGGAGGCUUGCUGUGUGGGGCUUGAAGUUGCCAUAAAGCCUACAGACCAUGUGAUAACAGCUUACAGAGUUCAUGGCUUUACCUAUGCACGAGGAGUGCCUGUUCGAGAAAUUCUCGCUGAACUUACAGGUCGCAAAGGAGGAUGUGCGAGGGGAAAAGGAGGAUCAAUGCAUAUGUAUACCAAAAACUUCUAUGGUGGCAAUGGUAUUGUUGGUGCUCAGGUUCCUCUUGGAGCUGGGAUUGCGCUGGCCUGUAAAUACUUCGGUAAAAACGAAAUCUGUUUGACGUUAUAUGGGGAUGGUGCCGCCAAUCAGGGCCAGAUAUUUGAAACGUACAAUAUGGCCGCCUUAUGGAAGUUGCCUUGUGUUUUUAUCUGUGAGAACAAUCGGUAUGGAAUGGGGACGUCGGUUGAAAGAGCGGCAGCCAGUACUGACUACUACAAAAGAGGAGACUUCAUUCCAGGGCUCAGGGUGGAUGGCAUGGAUGUUCUCUGUGUUCGAGAAGCGGCAAAGUUUGCAGCUGAGUACUGUAGAGCUGGAAAAGGUCCUAUUCUGAUGGAGUUACAGACAUACCGUUACCAUGGCCACAGUAUGAGUGACCCUGGAAUAAGCUAUCGUACUAGAGAAGAAAUUCAAGAAGUGAGAAGCAAAAGUGAUCCCAUUACUUUGCUGAAGGACAGAAUGGUCAACAAUAACCUUGCUAGCAUUGAAGAAUUAAAGGAAAUUGAUGUGGCAGUAAGGAAGGAGAUUGAGGAAGCUGCUCAGUUUGCUACCACUGACCCAGAGCCACCAUUGGAAGAACUAGGCAACCACAUCUACUGCAAUGAGCCACCCUUUGAAGUGCGUGGCCCAAACCAGUGGAUAAGGUACAAGUCUGUCAGCUAAAGGCCUUUCUGUUGGCGUAACUUAUUCUUACGAAUAAGUGAAUGCAUUUACAGGAACUGUAAUGACUCUGAAACAAACCUUAAGCUUAUUUCAAAGCUCUUUCAAAAGAGGAAA